AUGGUUGUGGCCAAAUACCGGCGAAAAUUCAACUUGCAGAAGAUAGCCUACGUUGUGAUCAUCGCGUUCCUCUCGAUUCUCUACUGGGUGUACACGAAGCAUACUCUCGACAGCCUCGGCAUCGGUGGGAGUGAUGGAGGAAGGGACGACCGCAGUGAAUCGCAGCUCGAUCAGGAGUUCGAUCAGUACGUCGCUUCGAGAGACAUCGAGACGUCCCCCAUGCCCACCGAGAGCCCCAUCGGUCGACUGGACAUUUACGGAUUCGGCAAACGACCCCCUAAGCCCCCCGUGUGGAAAACCCUCGAGACCAUGGUGAAGCCGGCGGAAGCUUUCGAAGACUCUCUCAUGUCGUCGGGCUAUUUCGAACCGAGCGGGAGAUUCCAAUUCGCCAAUCUCGAGCCCCUCGCAAAUCAUAUAGACCAGACCAUCAAAGACCACCAGCGCUUCCUGAGCAGCAAUUUCGUUCGCCUCGGCAAUCUCGUAAAGCGAUUCCCCGAAAUCCGAGAACGGCAAUUAAUCGAGAAGAAGUUGGUUCUGGUCUCGAGCUACUCCCGGGAGUUCAGCCGAAUUCUCCGAAAGGAAAUGAAGGAUUUCCUCUACCGAACGAACCUGGCGCAGAAGUCUCGAGCGGCAAUUUACAAACUCAAACUCAGAGUUCAGGAGGCCAUCGAGCGAAGACAAAAGUAUCCUUGCUCCCGAGCGAUCAAGUGCGAACUGACGAACAAGGAUGGUUUCGCGGCCGGUGUGCACGACGUUCUGUGGUGCGUGAUAAGAGCUUUCCAGGCGGAUAAACGUCUGGUUUUGAACGCGUCCAGCUGGCAUUAUCUAAACGACAACUUUACCUGGAGCGACGUGUUCAGAGACGUUGACGACGCCGCCAAUUCCACGUGUCACAAUCUCCCGAGUUCCGGUUUGCCCGGACCGAAUGAAGAUGGCGUUCGGAAAUCAAUUCACAGCCUACCGGCAGACAUCGCCGAACCGCUGCUGCGACAUCACCAGGACCCCUACGCGUGGUGGUUCGGUCAGUUCAUGGGACACAUUAUGCGACCUUCGGAACUCACAGAGGAACUUCUCAAGCAGGCCAAGCAGAGCUUGGGCUUCAAGUCGCCAAUCGUCGGAUUGCACAUUCGACGAACCGAUAAACUUUUCGAAGCGGCUUACCGCGAAGUCGAGGACUACAUGGAGCAUGCCGAGGAGUUCUACGCCGAGUUGGGAGCCGAUAUCCCGAAACGGGUCUUCGUCGCCACGGACGAGCCUCGGGUCCUCGACGAGUUACGGGAAAAUUUCCCCGAAUUCGUUUUUAUCUCGAACACGAAAUCAGCCGAGUUGGCGAACGAUGUCGACAAGCGAGACUCGGCCGAGUCGUUUCAGGGUCUGAUCUUGGAUUUGUUCCUGCUCUCGCAAACAGAUAAACUUGUUUGCACACUGUCCAGCGGCGUGUGCCGGGUAGUGUACGAGCUCAUGCAGGCUCGUAGGACCGACGCCUCGGAUCACGUUGUAUCUCUGGACGUUCCGUACUUCUACGCGUACGUCGCUGAUCCGCCACGGAAAACCAUUUACAAGCAUCAACCCGUCGAGCGGAAAGGCAUGAACCUCAACGUGGGCAAUUGUGUCGCGAAAAUCUCGAGUCAAUCGGUUGUCGAGGAAUCGAAGAAAAUCGACAGAUACGACGGAUUCUCGCUGGGAAUUCUAUGCGGCUCCAGCUUACUAGCGGGUUCCUAUCCGGCUUUCAAGACUCUGCCCACUGUGAGGGUGAACGGGACUCGGCUCUCGAUUUAA